AUGAAUAUCUUCUUUGAAAGACUUAUUAAUACUGCCAUGUUCUUGCCGGCACUCUUCAUGAUAACCCUCUCGAAUUUGGCUUAAGCAUGCAACUACUAUGGCUCAAACAUUUAUUAAUUCAACGAGAAUUUAUGUAAUGGCUAGUACUGCACUUCAGAUUUCUAAUGUGAUUCUUAUAAUUGCACUUUUGGAACAUGCACUACCAUCUCAGAGACGACUAUUUACAUAAUUGUGUGUAUAUCAUCUACCAUCCUAACAUGCUCAAUAGCUUUGACUAUCCUAUAUUGCAAAAAGAAAAGAAGAGCUCGUGAACUUGCAAUCUAAAAUCAAUAGCUCCAUCACCAUCAUAGUAAUCAACAUAAUUACUAAGGCCAACCAGAAGUUCAAAGAUUAGUCGGGUAUCAAUCUAUAUAAUAAGUUGAUGGAGGAGCUCUUAAUCAGCAAUAACUUAACCCAGCUUAUGGCUAACUUGGUGGAUUUUAAAUACAAUCAAACUAUGGUAUUUAACAUCCAAUUUACGAACAAGCUGACUAUGCUACUCCACAAUCAAAUGUCCAACAAUUAGAACCUCAAAUACAAAAGUGA